GUGGCUAUAAGUGGGCGGUGUGGGCGGCCUCCUGGUGUUGCCUGCGGAGGGCUGCGCCUUUGUGCUCCGAGAAUCUUCUUGGUUGCGAUUCAGCUCUGUCCCGGGGCUGACUUUCUCGACUCCUGCACGACCCGCUGUUACCGCGAGUGGACGGCUCCUGGCCCUUCCUCCUGGAGCAUCCAGAGGCCUUCCAGAAGUGGAAGAAAGCUUUACUGCUCUGCAGAGGAGUGUGGGGUCCUUUCAGCCAUGAAGCCUCUGUUGAACCUCUAUCUCUUAGGUGUGGUGUUGACGCUGCUCUCCAUUUUCGUUAGACUGAUGGAGUCCCUGGGAGGCUUACUGGAGAGCCCGUUACCUGGGAGCUCCUGGACCACCAGAAGUCAACCAGCCAGCACAGAGCCCCAGGGCCUUCCAGACCAUCCAUCCAGAGGGAUGUGAUAAGACCUCACUCCACCGGCUAUAACCUUGGAACACCAGGCAGGGUCCGGGCAGGAACUGCGCAGGCAGGCUCCGAACAUCAGUAUUAUCAGAACUGUUACCAGGCCCUUGAAGGGCCUCUCCGUCUGGAUGCUCCUGUCCUGGAAAAAGAGCCUGUCCGAUGUGAACGGGUUGCCUAUGACUGUUAUGGAAUGAUGUCACUCUUCCCGGGGUCUGCUGUACCCUCUGGUGUCCUUGACAACAGUUCUCUGACAUCUCUUAGCUAGGGGCUUGUGCUUCAUGUUCAGCCGUUGGGAGAUGGUGUCGUUUUCGUCCCUGCUUCCUCAACAUCUGCCAAGAGUUCCUUCGGACUUGCGCGUCUUAUGGUCAGUCUGUAUGGUGUUCAGCCUCUCUUCGGUGAGAGCUUGUCUGUGUGGGAGUGAUGUAUGGGUUGGUGUAUGGGAGGGGGAAUGAUGAAAUAGUGUCCAAUUCUUAUUGUUUCACAUGUUAAAUGCCCUCUCUCCCACAUACAGCGAACUUGUGAAUAUCAGUCUGAAGGGGACACUGGGAUGACAAAGCCUGCUCAGGACAUGGCAUUAUGGCCACCAUGUGGCUUAAAUGGAUUUCUAAUGAAAUAAAAGUUGAGUAUAUAUUUCUA